AGCAGAUGCAAACUGCGAACAAGGAGGGGGCAGGCAGUCCUCGCUCCCAGGCUGGAGAAAACGCCUCCUUUGCACAGGGAGCUUCACUCCAUCGCCAGGAAAGUUUGAAAUCCCUAAUUAAUAGAAACGUCACAUGGGCAGAGGUGUGUGAGCGAGAGAGACGAGCUCCAGCGUGAUUAGCACCACCGGGCUCCGCGGGCAGGGUGAGACACAGCUUGGCACUGGGGGGGUGAGAUCAGCGGCAGCACACGGGGAGCUCAGCGCCUCCCGGGACAGCUCCGGGCUCGGCAGCCGCCGCUCCCCGGUCCCUGCGGCUCGGCUCAGGGAGAGGCAGGGCGCGCGCGGGGGCGUGGAAAGUUUAGCACAACUUUUUGGGACCCUCUUUUAACUCCCCGCCCCGCGAUGCCCUCCGCCUACACCCGGCGCUCCCUGGCCGUACUCCUGCUCUUCGGCACCCUGGCGGCCCUCAUGGCGGUGCUGGCCUCCAUCCUCAUCUUCCAGCUCCAGGCGGGCCGGGCCCAGGCUGGCUCCCCCAGCGCCGUCUCGGAGAGGGUGGCCAGGGUGCUGCGGCCGGUCUCGGCCGUGCUGGCUACCCUGUGCCUGGUGCUCAACGUCAGCUGCCUCCUGCUCUGCCUCCUGCAAAGCUAUUUCAGCGCCGAGGCGGGCCAGGGAGACCCGGAGCCAGACAGAGCUGACUGGUUCCUGUUGGACAACCGGAUGAUUCGGCACGUUGCCAUUGGCUUAUUCUGCUGCGGUGUUUCCGUCUAUUUAGCAGCUCUCUCCAUCUACAUGCUGCUGCUGUUUGAAAUCGAGACCGGCAUAACCAGCGCCUGCAUCCUGUCCUCCGGGAUCAUUGUCCUGCUGAUCACGGUGACGCAUGCCCUCAUCAGGGCCUCCCAAGCCUCACGGCGCAGCCAGUCUGAGCUCUGCCGUACCCUCUAUGAGAACGACUCUGCCCGGCGCAGUGACACCCCGGCCAGUGACCUCAACAACAGCAAGAACAUGGCUGCAGCCCGCCCGCGGCCAGAGAUCCACCGAGAGUUUUCCUACCCACCAUACAUAGAGCAGAAGCCCUACCUCGCCUCACCAGCCAGAGGCAGCUUCACCUUGCCAGGAAGCCAUGGGCCCCUGGCUGAGAAAGAUUGCUGCAAUCUUCCCCGGACACACAGAACGCUGUCGGCAGAGCCAGGCCUGCUGCAGGUGCAGGGCAAGCCCUGGAACAGCAUCACCCAGGAGAUGAGGAAUAUUUUGCCACAGAAGCCAGGAGCCUCCAGGAAGGAUUCAACUUUGGUAUGAAGGCUGGAGUGGGGAAGUCUCAUCCCAACACUGCCAAGAUCUGCAUCUCCCUUUAGCCCUUAACAUGGGCCACUCCCCGCCUGAACAGCUAAGAUACCUGCUCAGGAACUCGGCCAGACAUUGGGUGAGGGGAAAUCUAAAUAAAAUAAAAGGGACUUGGCGUCCCUCCUCCGGACUGCACUGAGAUGGAGGGGCUUGAGAGGGGCACAGAGUUUUAAAAUUAUAUUUUACUCCUCCUGAAGUCUGGAGGAUUAUAUCAGAGCUCCUUCCCAGUUGAGCUGGGGCUGCCGUUAACCAGCCUAAUGAUUGUAGUGGACAAUUAGAGCUGAAAGGUGGCUCCGUAAAAACUACAGCCUGCUGCAUUCUGCCUCUUGCGUUGCCCUCCUGUGAGUAAAGCUCCUACCCUGGCAACUCAGGUGAUGCAGGAGGCAGAACAGGGCCCAUGACAACUCUGCAGGACAGAGAGGCACCAAAGUGCAGGAAAGGGAAUGGGGGUAAGCGGUAGUGACACUUGUCUGAUUAGAGUUGCACUUCAAAGUCCCCAUCACUCCUUUCCUCCCAGGUUGGCCUGAGUUGAGAGGGGCAGACAGGAACUGGCUCAGUAAGGCAGAAUGGCAUUAGCUGCAUGUUGUGCGUGAGAAAAAGAGGGCAAAAACAGCCAGUAUCAGCCCCAGGAGAGUGGCCAUCCUGUGUGCUGCCUUCUCCCGCAGCCCAGCUCCCCUCUGCACCCCAAGCCUUUUGUCCUUGCUGGUCCCUCUCCAGCCUGCUCCUGUUAUUCCUUAGCUAGCACUACGGGGUUUUAGACAGUUCAUAUGGAAGACUCACCACCCAGCACAGCUCCUGGAUGUUAUGGUGAAGGAGAGAUUGCUAUUCCACUCGGAGAGGAAAAACCAGCCCCUGAUGGGAGGGGUGGAAGACCACGCAGCUGGAGAGUUAGAUUGAGGGAGAGGAGGUUGGAAGGUGGGCGUGAGAGAGAGGGGCCCGCUGCUCACUGACCUGGCCUUGCCCAACGUUCCUUACUGUCUCCAGGACUGGGCACAGACCCGACUCAGUCAACAAGAUCACUUCCUGUGGCAAAACCUUUGCUCCAGCAUGAACAGCUGUGCCUGAACGCAGGCAGCUGCUGCUUGCCAGAAACAUGGCCCUGCACAUAAACAAUAGCCUUUGUAUUCACUUGUUCUUUAAUUGCCUACAAAGGACAUUUGCAAGGAAACAAGAUCUUUGUUCACGAGGCCCUACUGCUGGUUUCCCCACUGAAAAGGAUAAUCCUGGUGACAAUGCAGUGUGGUUACUGGGAGAUUGGUGGUUACACAGACAGGGCUAGUAUUGAUGGGGCUGAAGCAAGUGAAACAAGAGCCCUGUUUGGUGCAACUGCAUGGUUAGUAUGAGAAAGAGAAAUGCACAAUAGAAAAUAAAAAUACAAUAGAUGAUGCUGGUUACUGUGAGACCCA